ACGAUUAUGAUAAAACAGUUAUAAACGUGACACCUUUGUUUUUACCACAAGGAGGCGCUAGUGCAUGAUUUAACCAUAUUAUGUGUCCGAACUUUGUAACCAGUCACACGGGAACUUUUUCGGACAUAGUUUCGGGAUUUGGGACACAGUGUAUGAAACAUCAGCUCCAGACGUCGGGAAUGAAGAAUUGAAUGUUAUCCUGGUAUUGUGAAGCAGAUGGCCUGAGCCCAGAGCCCAGUCCCAUAGACUGACAGGAAGGAGAGCAGAGAGAUGGAAGGUACUUGGGACGUCGCACUUGUUCUCUUCCAGGUGUGGCUAUCCAUAGUAGUGGGCCUCAUCAUGUUACCUGCCAUGUUUGGCGUCUCCCUGGGGUUCACAGAUAUCUACAUCAAGGUUCUGGUUAAGAUACUAGAGUGGGCGACUCUCAGGAUCCAACGAGGACAGAAGGAACAGCCAACACUGCCAUCACAGUCAGCCAACGGGAUAAUCGAAAAAGAGGACGGUUCUAUGGAGGAGGAGAUCGAAGAACUGCGACGGUCCCAUCCCAAAAAUCUGGCGGGGGGAGACUUCACUCUAUGUGAUGUCUUCUAUUUCUGUAAGAACGGCAUUGAAAACAUUGUCGAGGAUCAGGUGACUCAGCGCUUCACGUCGGAGGAACUGGCUUCCUGGAACCUUCUCACACGAACCAACAACAACUUUCGCUACAUCAGUGUGCGGCUCACCAUCAUAUGGGGCCUGGGAGUUUUUAUACGUUACUGUAUUUUAUUACCUCUCAGGAUCACUUUGGCUGCUAUUGGAUUGAGCUGGUUGGUGAUAGGAACUACUCUUGUUGGACUGCUUCCUAACAGCAAUGCGAAGAACUGGCUCAGUGAUUUGGUUCACAUUACAUGCUACAGAAUAUGUGCCAGAGGCCUGUCUGCAACCAUCCGCUAUCAUAAUAAAGAGAAUCGUCCAAAAAAAGGAGGUAUCUGUGUGGCCAACCACACCUCCCCGAUUGACAUUGUCAUUCUGGCGAACGAUGGAUGUUAUGCUAUGGUAGGUCAAGUUCAUGGAGGCCUCUUGGGGGUCAUUCAGAGGUCAAUAGUGCGAUCCUGUCCUCAUGUUUGGUUUGAGAGAUCAGAGAUGAAAGAUCGCCAUGCGGUUGCCAAAAGGUUGAAAGACCAUAUCGCUGAUAAAACUAAGCUGCCAAUCCUGAUCUUCCCAGAGGGAACUUGCAUUAAUAAUACAUCAGUCAUGAUGUUCAAGAAGGGAAGCUUUGAAAUAGGUGGAACUAUAUACCCAGUUGCAAUCAAGUAUGACCCUCAGUUUGGAGAUGCCUUCUGGAACAGUGCCAAGUAUAACAUGGUGAGCUACAUCCUCAGAAUGAUGACAAGCUGGGCCAUUGUGUGCAACGUGUGGUACCUCCCACCUAUGACUCGACAGGAUGGAGAGGAUGCUGUUCAUUUUGCUAACAGAGUAAAAUCAGCAAUUGCAUAUCAGGGAGGACUGGUGGAUUUGUCCUGGGAUGGAGGACUGAAGAGAGCAAAGGUCAAGGAGUCAUACAAGGAGGAGCAACAGAAGAUGUACAGCAGUAUGAUCGUAGGCUCGGACUCUUGCGAAGCCUUUGCUGAUCCCAUGUAAAUUUCAGCUCACACUAUUUAUGAACUUGAUCUGAAAGUAAGAAACACAUCUAGCUCAGCCACCGG